AUGGAGCAAUUCGACCUUCAAGAAUGGUUCUAUUCCGAAGAUAAUAUCAUGCAAUUGCAAAGAUCAUUUGAUGUGGAUGCAAUAUUAUCAACUCUUCCACCGUUGGAGUCUGUUUUUAAGGAUACUUUACCAACUCUUGAUGAAAAUUUUGGUAAUGAUUUUCAAUUUUGGGAAGAAUGUCCUUCUCUAAUUGAAGAAAAUGCAUUAUCAUUGAAACCUCUUAAACAACUUCCUCCACCACUUCCCUACAUAAUUGAAAACCCUAAUCCAAUUUCGGAUAGUAUCUUCAACGAUCAAUCUUUAGACACGGUCGUGGCGGAAGGACUUACAAUGGCAAAACACGACAAUAAAGUAGAAGUGAGUAGAACUGGUAAUUAUUACGAAGGUGAGGAGAUUAUGAAAAUUAAUUGGAAAAAUAACAAUAAUUAUUAUAAGGCGACGAAGAUCGAGUUUAUUAGUAAGGAGGAAAUAAGGAAGUAUUUUGACAUGCCAAUUUCAAAGGCAGCAAAAGAGUUGAAUGUAGGGCUUACGGUGUUGAAGAAGAGGUGUAGGGAGUUGAAUAUCAAAAGGUGGCCUCAUAGGAAGAUUAAAAGCUUGGAGGCUCUUAUUAACAAUGUCAAGGAACAAGGCAAUGUUAGAUUGGCCGAACAAUUGGAAGAGCACAAGAGGAAGCUUCAUUCGAUGCCAGGGUUGGAAUUAAGUGAGGAAACAAAGAGGCUAAGACAACAAUGUUUCAAGGCCAACUACAAGAAAAGGGUCAGGGCCUUAGCCUUAGCCUUAACCCAAACCCCAUAUUAUUAAUUUGAUAUGAUUAACUUAACUUAAUUUCGUCACAUAAUUAAUAUUUUGGUGUGGUUAAUUUUAACGUAUCAAUAUCUUUUUGAUCGUUUGUUUCAAAUGUAACAACCCAUGUACAACUCCAUAAGUU